AUGUCGGAGGAUUGGAUGGCGUACUCGCGGCCCCGGGAUCCGAGCCCAGUUGCGGUGAAGGCUGACCGCACGAUGCCGUCUUCGAACUUCAGUUCUGCUGUCCGGCGAAUGCACAGCGGAAAAAUCACUCGAAAUUCAGAGAAUUGGCUGAGAAUGAAUGGCGAGGACGCGAAGCCGACAGUCUCGGCUAUCGCAAACAGCGAGAACUUUCAGAUCUCACGUGGAAAGAGAACUGGCUUGAACAAGGACCCGCAGAUUGCCAAGCACCUGAUGCGGUCAGAAGCGCACAGGGUGCCGGAGCCACCAGCAAUCAACCGCCGACAUCAGUUUUCAGACCAUCCGCAGGCUGCAAAGCACGUAGAGGAACUGCGCGCUCUCAGUCCACGAAGGUUGGCGGAUGCAGCUUUGGCUGACACUAUGAGUCCAGCAGGAAAGGCAUCUGCAACAGUGGCUGUUCAGCAUCGAACCAGCGGUGAAAUGGCUGCUGCUGUGCAACCAGAGCUUUCCCCAAGAGCAGGCGGAGCUGAGAAAUAUCUGGUCGGGGAUGAGCUGGUGGACAUGGAGAACAGUGGCUUGCGCAAAAGCCAUGCUGCCAAGAAGGUAAGAAGCCGACAUCAUUGUAAUUCUGAUGAGGUGCGAGAGCAUAUCCAGCAGGAUCCUGCCGUGUCAGCAAUACCGAGCUCUCGUCUGGAGCGGGAGCGAAGGGUACACGUCUUCGGAGACUUCUCCGUCGUCCCAGCAACGAUGCCAAAAGACACUGCGUAUAUACACUCGGGCCUGCGUGUUGUGAGGCAAGCGCAGCUGCACCUGAGCAACAUGCAUGUUCGUAAAGCACUCACAUAUGGCUGCUGCCUCGCCAUCUUCAGCUUUCGUUGA